AUGUCCCAAGGGGCGCAGAGUAUCCUAACUCCCUGGGAAGUCGAGGCUUUUGUACAAAAUCUGCAGAGGACUGAUCUCGAGAAUGUCGGCACCAAGAGUUGGUUCGAGUGCCACAAAAAGCUGAUGCUCCUGAACGAGCAGAGCGUUUUCGAGGCGAGCGGUUUGCGCGAGGAAAGCGUCAAGGAGUGGUUCGUCACUUUUGGCAAGAUCCCGCUGUUGAUUUUCGAGGCCAUCCAAAUAAUGAUAUGGAAGCAAAAGGUCUUUCCACUGCUGGUCGAUUUACACGGCGAGCCGAGCAACACCUUCAUGCUGUUCAGCGUCUUCUACCACGAGGAGGUGGCAGUUUCGUUGCUCGAGAACCUUCUGUUUCACUCGGACAGCGUUGAGAGUAUCGACGACUCGGCUGUUGAUCUCAUCGACUACGCCGUUAGUUACGUGACGAUGCUGCUCUACCGCGAGAACACCAAGACCCCCGCUGACGAUUCCGAGUCGUGCCUGGAAGAGUUGGCCGCAAAGAGGCUCCAGAUUGAAUUCGAUCUCGGGAUGCGGUGCGUCUCGAUCUUGCGCUACUUGGCCGAGUUCGCGGACAACUUGCCGCUAUGCGCGCUAUCGCGUAUGCUCACCACCAACGACGUGCCGUACUUGUUUUCUCAACUUGUAGAGCUCCAGCCGUGGAGGAGGAGAAACGACAAAGGUGACACUAUGAUUUACAACGGUAGAUGGGAAAAAUUAGAGGAUUGUGAUCAAGAUAAAAUAUGCAAAUUUGAGGCUCAAGUGUGGUUUGGAUUGAGGGAACUACUGUUGAAUCCAAAGUGCGCUCCGUACUACCAUAUUACCGAAGUCCGAUUGUCCCAACUAACUAAGUUGCAGAAAUACAUGCAAGAGUAUGUUCUUGAUCAGAUAGCGCCGUUGAUAGAUCUUCGAAGAUGGCUAGGAUACUUGAACGUGACUUCUCAAACUCCAAGUUCUCAACCGCCAAUAAAUGUUGAAGUCAUUCCAGAGAUAAGUUCCGCUAUUGAAGAAAAAUAUAAAAAGAGAUGGAAAAGACUCGCUGAACAUCAAGCAAAAACGUUAUUCUCAAAAGAUAUAGAGCAUAUCAAGAAUAUGGCGCAGAUUUUGAGCGAAGCUUAUGACUUUGACAAACUUGAUAUUGUAGACUCAAAGAAGUGCUUUGAAUGUAAGAAUGUAGCCAAGCAUCGAUGCUCAAAAUGUAAAGAAGCUUGGUACUGUGGAAGAGAAUGUCAAGUGAAGGACUGGACAAACCACAAAACAAUAUGUGACAACAUUUCAAAGUCAAAAGAGGAAUGUAGUAAGAUUAUUGAUUAA